GCGGUUCGAAUCAGGUGUUCUCCCUCUUUUUCCCAACAGCCCUUCUCCACGGACUUCUUCAGAAUGGCUCGGUCCAGACUUCUCGCGGAGAAAGUGUCCCAUGAAGAGAGAGCCACACGUUUUCCCUCUGCCAGAUUUGUCAGCAUGUGAAUGUGUUCUGAUGUCUCUGUGUUGUUAUAAAGGAACGUGAAGCUAUAAACAGAAUGGAUCCAGCAUCAGGAGUCAGAUCAGUUGUAGUUUGCGUGGAGGGAAUGACAUGCAAUUCAUGUGUGCAGACUAUUGAGCAGCAUAUUGGAAAAUUAAACGGGGUUCUCUGCGUUAGAGCUUCCCUGGAGGGUAACAAUGCAGCCAUAAUUUACAACCCCAAAGAACAAACUCCAGAGUCACUACGGGAAGCGAUAGACGACAUGGGCUUCGGUGCUGCUCUCGCUGAUGCUAAUCCGCAGCUGGUUUUCCCGGACACCAUUUCUCUUGCAUUUCCUGGGCAAUCAGCCUUACCAGAUGAGCAGAUCCGUACUCAUCUGCUCAAGGCCAGGGGCAUCCUGGACGUGAAAAUCUCCUCGGACAGAAAAUCCCUCGUUGUCUCAUUUGUCUCUUCUAUUAUAAAUAGCAAACAGAUCAGCCAAAUAGUACUGGAAUUAAGUUCCGAUAAUGCAAAACAGGAGAAAAACCCAGCGAUGCUUGAAGAACCGACCUUAUCUCAAAUAAGCGAUGUCGUGAGGAUGAAAAUAGAGGGCAUGACGUGCCAUUCCUGCACUAGUACCAUUGAAGGAAAGAUUGGCAAACUGCAAGGCGUCACACGAAUCAAAGUCUCCCUGGACAAUCAAGAAGCCGUGGUCGUGUACCAGCCUCACGUCAUCACAUCAGAGGAAAUAAGAAACCAAAUAGAAGCUGCAGGGUUUACUGCGUGCAUAAAGAAGGCACCUAAGCCCCUGAAGCUUGGUGCUAUUGAUGUAGAGCGACUGAAGAGCGCCCAGGCCGAAUGCUCGGAAGGAGCCCUGCGUGAAAAUCCGGAGCACACACUCUCCCUAAGGACCAUCAGAUUCCGGGUUGACGGCAUGCACUGCAAUUCAUGCGUCUUCAACAUCCAGAACAGCAUAUCAGCACUCCCCUCAGUGUCUGGCGUAGUGGUUUCCUUAGAGGAAAAAUCCGCCACUGUUACGUACCAUCCCAGCCUGAUCAGCGCCAGUGCACUCAGAAGGGCCAUCGAGGCUGUGUCCCCGGAGACCUUCAGGGUCAGCCCUUUUGAUGGACCUGCCGGCGCCGAGCCUUCGAGCCCCACGUCUCCGGCGGCGUCUCCGAAGGCUGCGAGCAGCCCCAUGCACCAUCCCUUGGUGUGCGUGACGGUGAUCCAUAUAGAGGGGAUGACGUGCAGUUCUUGUGUGCAGUCCGUUGAGGGGGCGUUGUCCCAGAAGCCGGGCGUGAGGUCGGUGUGCGUGUCCCUUCAGAACCACACCGGGACCGUAGAGUACGAUCCCGUGCAGACCUCUCCAGACGACCUGAAAAACGCCGUCGAGGACGUGGGCUUUGAGGCGUCCUUAACAGUACCACCAGACACAGAUCCUGUGGUCCUCAUAACUCAGCCCUCGCAGGAAAGACUGGGGAGAGCGCAGGAUGAUAAACGCUCCCAGACGGAAACCCGCUGCAGCAUGUCGCCGGUUCGCAAUAAGCAGGAGAUAAAGGAACCGCUGAAGUGCUACAUCCAAGUCAGCGGCAUGACAUGUGCUUCCUGUGUGGCAAAUAUUGAGAGGAAUCUGAAGAGAGAAGACGGAAUUUACACCGUUCUUGUCACCUUGAUGGCUGGGAAGGCGGAAGUGAGGUACAACCCUUCCAUCAUCCAGCCGCCGGCUAUUGCAGAAUCGAUCCGAGAUCUGGGAUUUGGUGCUACAGUUCUGGAGAAUUAUGAUGAAGGAGAUGGCAUCUUGGAGCUUGUUGUGAGAGGAAUGACGUGUGCCUCGUGCGUCCAUAAAAUAGAAUCCACGCUCAUGAAAACAGCAGGCGUCCUGUACAGCUCCGUGGCACUCGCCACCAACAAGGCACACAUUAAAUACGAUCGGGAGAUCGUUGGUCCACGAGACAUCAUACAGGUCGUGGAGAAUUUAGGGUUUAACGCUUCACUGGUGAAGAAAGAUAGAUCUGCCAGUCACUUAGAUCACAGACAGGAGAUAAGGCAGUGGAAGCGGUCCUUUCUUGUUAGCCUGUUCUUCUGCGUUCCUGUGAUGGGGCUGAUGAUCUAUAUGAUGGUGAUGGAGAGCCACAUGUCAGCCAUGCACAAGGCAGCAAACCUGACGAGCGAAGAGAUGGAGGCAUUUCACUCGUCCAUGUUCCUGGAGCGCCAGAUCUUUCCUGGGUUGUCCGUUAUGAAUUUGCUCUCCUUUGUUUUGUGUGUCCCUGUGCAGUUAGUCGGAGGCUGGUAUUUCUAUAUUCAGGCGUACAAAGCACUGAAACACAAGACAGCCAACAUGGACGUGCUGAUUGUGCUGGCCACCAGCAUUGCGUUUGUCUACUCCUCUGUGGUGCUGCUGGUUGCGAUGGCCGAGAGGGCGAGGGUCAAUCCCGUGACCUUCUUUGACACGCCUCCCAUGCUGUUCGUCUUCAUUGCGCUGGGGCGAUGGCUGGAGCACGUGGCCAAGGGCAAAACAUCAGAAGCCCUGGCGAAGCUGAUUUCGCUGCAAGCGACCGAAGCGACCGUUGUCACUCUGGGCCCGGACAACAUCCUGCUGAGUGAAGAGCAAGUUGAUGUGGAACUGGUGCAGCGGGGGGACAUCGUCAAAGUGGUCCCAGGGGGCAAGUUUCCCGUGGAUGGCCGUGUCAUUGAAGGGCACUCCAUGGUGGACGAAUCGCUCAUCACAGGUGAAUCCAUGCCUGUGACCAAGAAGCCUGGUGCCACCGUCAUGGCCGGCUCCAUCAACCAGAACGGAUCCCUGCUGAUCUCCGCCACCCACGUGGGGUCGGACACCACGCUCUCCCAGAUCGUCAAGCUUGUGGAGGAGGCACAGACCUCAAAGGCUCCAAUUCAGCAGUUUGCUGACAAACUCAGUGGCUACUUCGUGCCUUUCAUUGUUGGUGUUUCUGUGGUGACACUCUUUGCCUGGGUGGUGAUCGGGUUCCUCCAUUUUGAAAUUGUGGAAACCUAUUUUCCGGGAUACAGCAGAAGCAUCUCCAAGGCCGAAGUGGUCAUCCGCUUUGCCUUCCAAGCCUCCAUUACAGUUCUGUGCAUUGCGUGUCCUUGCUCGCUGGGAUUAGCCACCCCGACUGCUGUGAUGGUGGGCACUGGCGUCGGAGCGCAGAACGGCAUCCUGGUCAAAGGCGGGGAACCUCUGGAGAUGGCUCACAAGGUCAAAGUCGUGGUGUUUGACAAGACGGGGACCAUCACUCACGGAACGCCGGUGGUGGUGCUGGCGAAGGCUCUGGUUGACAGCAGCCGGAUGCCACGCAACAAGAUUCUGGCGCUGGCGGGGACGGCGGAGAGCAACAGCGAGCACCCCCUGGGAACUGCGAUCACGAAAUACUGCAAAAAGGAACUGGACACAGACACCCUUGGCAAGUGUACGGAUUUUCAGGUAGUCCCCGGCUGUGGCAUCAGUUGUAAAGUCUCAAAUAUCGAAGGCCUUCUGUACAGCAGGGAAGAGAGCACUGACGACAACAACGUCAAAAAUGCAGCCCUUGUGAGCGUUGAUGAGCGGAACGAGGACCUGAUCCAGCCUGCCCUGAUCAUUGGCGAGCAGUUGCCAACCACGUGGGGUUCUCCGAAGUAUUCUGUUCUCAUUGGAAACCGGGAGUGGAUGUCUAGAAAUGGCCUCCUCAUCAGAAGCGACGUUGACAGUGCCAUGAUCGAGCAGGAGCGGCGAGGUCGCACGGCCGUCCUCGUGGCUGUGGACGGAGAACUUUGUGCCUUGGUGGCUAUCGCUGAUACUGUGAAACCGGAAGCGGAACUGGCUGUCCGCACUUUAAAGGCGAUGGGUUUGGAGGUGGUUCUGAUGACUGGUGACAACAGCAAAACAGCCCGCUCCAUCGCCUCUCAGGUUGGCAUCACUAAAGUGUUUGCUGAAGUGCUUCCCUCGCACAAGGUGGCCAAAGUCAAGCGGCUGCAGGAGGAGGGGAAGCGGGUGGCCAUGGUGGGGGACGGCAUCAACGACUCCCCCGCCCUCGCCAUGGCCAAUGUCGGCAUUGCUAUUGGCACCGGCACCGACGUGGCGAUCGAGGCAGCCGACAUCGUGCUGAUCCGGGACGAUUUGCUGGACGUGGUGGCAAGUAUAGAUUUAUCGCGGAAAACUGUGAAAAGGAUCCGAAUCAACUUUGUCUUCGCGCUCAUUUACAAUCUCAUUGGCGUUCCUGUAGCUGCCGGCGUCUUCCUUCCGAUCGGGUUGGUUCUGCAGCCUUGGAUGGGCUCCGCGGCAAUGGCGGCCUCUUCCGUGUCCGUUGUCUUGUCUUCUCUGCUACUGAAACUUUACAAGAAGCCUACUUGUGAGAAAUACGAACGCCGCACCCACAGCCAGCUGAGGCAGAAAAGCCCUUCAGAAAUCAGCGUCCACAUAGGAAUCGAUGACCCUGGGCCAGGAUCCCCGAAACUGAGCCUGAUGGAUCGGAUUGUGAAUUACAGCCGAGCCUCCAUAAAUUCCCUCUUCUCCGACAGACGGUCCCUCAGUAGCAUCGUUCUCAGCGAGCCUGACAAGCACUCACUUCUGGUGGGGGACACCCGGGAGGAGGACGACUCGGCUGUCUGAAGGGCCGCUCUGGACGGCCUCGCUUCAGGCUGCCCCACGCACUGAUCCCUUCUGGGGGCUGGCGCGGUUGCACUUGGAGCACUCGAGCUUAAUGGCUCCGUUGAAGAGGGCUGGUUUCUCAACGCAGGCUGAAGGUUUCUGCACUGUUUUUGCCAGUAUUAGCAAGCCAAAGUACAUCAGAGAGAGCGAGAGUGCGCACGUGCCCUGGAAGCCAAGCGCUGAGCUGUAGUGAUGGGGGACGCCUCCAGUCCUUUCCUGUGGGGUCCCCAGAAUAGUUGAAGAGUAUCCUUGGAGUCAUGCAAGGGAGCCCCUGGCAUAUUGCUUCUAGGCCAUUUCCUGGCACGUUGAGUGAUGCAGGCCAGCUAGCUGCAAGACGUUUUUCUUUUGUAAAACAGAUGUGCCUUAUGCUUAACAUCCGUGCUUUCUCUCCUCCGUCCUCCUCUGCGUACAGCAAGAGGUCCCUCAGAAAACACAGCUAGACCUAGGUUUUUCCUGCGUCAGAGAAGAGAGGCCUAAUUCCCAUUUGCGUUCUCUUCCUCCUCCAUGUAGACCUACAGAUCAGCGCAUGCUGCGAGGGCUGUCCAGGCAGGGGCCACGUGCUCGGGGGAUCUGUUCCAGGUUCAGCCCUGGUGGUUUUUUGUCCCUUGCAAAGACUCGCCUGCUGUGCCAGGAGCAGUAAUGCUGUCGUAGGUGAAGCCACUCUCUCUGCUGGUGGAAGUUUCCACUGUCUGGCUUGGGAUAGUAUUUCUUUUCACUGAAUCACAGAGCACAGUACUGGUUAGGCUGUGAGCUUUUAAAAUGAAAUCGCUUUCCAAGGGAAGAAAAUUAGUCCUUGGCAUACCUGCAUUUCUUACCAUACAUGCAGAUUAACCAGUGCUAAAUUUUCUUUGCUGCAGAAACAGCCUAGUCAAUCUGUUAGACCUGUUGCUUGAGGAAGGAUCUCUCUCUCCUGCAGUGUCACUGGCAGGCAGAGAGACCUCAAGCCAAAGGGGCCGAACGGCUAGUUUUGUGGUUCCCCCGAGGCCUGGUCUUAGCUGGAGUUCGCCCCCUCUUUUAGUGAACAACUCAAUUUUAUCCUGUCCUUUUGGAAAACGAAAUGCCUUCUAAACAAAACUAUGCAUACCAAGCAAAUCCAUGCCUUGGAUGCUGCAAUGCUUCUCAGAAUACAGCUUGAAAAACAGAGUUGGCUUCACAGUAGCAAUGGGAGAACUUGUUGAUACACAUUUCCUAUCAUGACACACAGUUUUUCCAUGAAUCACAAACAUUUUAUAAUCAGGAUAGAAUGUAAGGGUUGUUUUUUUUUUUUUAAGAAAACGUUCUCCCAUGUUUCGUUUCUAUAAAAAAAGCAGACCAGUUGGGUCUCCAUUUCGCUGCCCUGCCUUUGAACUACCCCAGGAAACAGUUUACACAAUUCAUGCUGAAAAUAUUUGAGACAGACUCAGGGGCUCGUAUGGGUUUGGUUGUUUCAGUUUGCACACUUCACCUGUUCGUUGGAAUUGCAGUGCCACCAGCAGGACCAGCUUCGCUCCGAAAUGUUUUGCGUUGCGAUGGCCUGCAGAGAAUCCCGCCUGCACUUGAACUAGUAAAUGCAGCAAUUCUCCAUGUCGCAGUCGACGGAUUAUGUGCUUACGGUGGAUCAAAUUAUGGUAAAAACAGCCAGUUUUGCACUUUCCUAAAAGAUUUUUGUGAUGUAUUUAUUUUGAAGAGAGGUUCCAGUUUACAGGAUGUGGCCUGUCACGUUACCCGUUGAUGCGAAUGUGACCCAGGCAGGCACAGUCCUGGUCUGGACCUCCUGGGGGCUGUGGGACUUUUUUCUGUCUAAAUACACAGGACUGACACUGCAAUGUGCUUCAUUUCAGUCGGCUAAUGAGAAUAACGUGGUGUGGAAACGGAAACAAACUGCAUCAUUAUGAAUUGAAUUCAUAAAUGUGUAUCUAUUGCAGAAAAUCCUUUCUCCCCCAUGUGCCACCCCUGCCAUCCCUCUGCCAAGUAGAUGUGAUUUGCUGACUCUUGAUACCCUGUGAAUUAUAUUUUAUACUCAGCUUUAAUUUGAAGAACCAAAAUGGCUUUUCUGUCUUGAAUGUACAGCGCUUACGAAGUGUGAACACUCUCCUGUAAACUGGUUUGCUUUGUGUCUUGAGCAGUUCAUUAUCAAGAGUUUUAAGUUAAUAUCGUUUAAUAAGUUAAAAUGGCUUUAAAAUCUCCAGAAAAACUAUGCAUUACAUUGGAUUGUAUUUAUUUUUUCCAUUCCCCCAGUUAGAUUCAUGUAAGACUUCUGUUUUCCAGAUUGUUUAAACUAUCAAAGCCAAAAUGUAUGUGCAGAGGUUUGUACAACUUCGGGUCGAAGCAUUGAAAGGCUGCUUCGGGGGCUGGUGGCUCCCAGCACUGCUAUUUCCAGCCUCUGGGCAUCCUGCUGGGAAUGCGUGAUGGUUGAGCCGGAAGGAAGUCCAUCCAGCCGGGGCCGGGGACCCCGCGGCCUUCCGGAUGGCGCUGGAACUCCGAGUCCGUGCCUGCUGGCUGUUGGCCAGGUUGAGAUGGACGCAGGAGCUCCCCAUUCCGGAUUGAGGCCGGAGUGUCCCCACUCCAGGCCGCUAAGGAAAGCAAGGCGAGGGUGCUUCUGCAGCCCGUCGUGUGGCCUCAUUUUGCAUCUCUAACCCCCAGGCUGAGGUUGCCUGUUUUGCAGACCGGGUGAGGGUCUAGGACCCCUUGCGCAGCUCGCGGGCUGCUUCAGGACUGUGCAAGGGUUGCUCCGUCCUCGCGCAACCCACACUUGCCUUCGCGGGUGUCACGCCUGGUCACAGGUUUAGUAACUUGACGAGCCACAGGGUGUCCCCUGAGCCCUCUCUGUGUCUGCAUCCAUAACUGGACUGUUGGUUCAGGCUUGCAUAAGGUUUUCCUGUUGUCUUUAGGGAAAGAAGAGAAUAGGCAUUUAAAUCAGUUGGAGCCAAGGAUCCUCCAGCUUGGACUUCCGAAGCCCCCUCACAGCUGCCCGACGUGUUGCAGGGCAAAAAUCCGCUACAGCCAAGUCUGGCUUGUUGGCUUGUUGUUGUGCUGCUCACAUGCCCACUUCAGGUUUCCGAGGCCUUCCAAAUGUUUUGUCUGAGCCCACAGAACAGAUUUGCCAGGUCAGGGGAAUCGUUCUUCCCUGCCUCCCGUAAGAAACCAUUUCAUUUUUAAAGAAGCGAGAAACGUUUCAUCACUGUGAGCUUCUGGCUUUUAAGAAUGCGUUUCUCUAGUCUGACAAGCAGAAUGUUCAGCCAUAUGGAUUCUCUCCUAAUUUGUUUUCACGACACUGUGCAAUAUUAGUUUCUAAUACAAAACAUUUUGCAAGUGCUGGAUAUAGUUUUACUCAAGGAUGUGCCUUCAGCUCUAUAAAUGUUAUCGUAUCUUAUUAAAUUAUUGAUUCUUACCAAUCGGCA